AGAUAAAGCUUUUAAAAGGUACAUUUUUUUAUCAUAUUAUUUUAUGGUUUCUGCAAUUUUACCGUCCCCGGUCACAGAUCACCUACCUCCCGGUUAUUAGUGGUCUGUGGUCCCCGGUUUCCUUUGUAAGCAAAUGGAAGUAAAACAAGAAAAUAUGGGGGCAAUGUGUAAAGUAGAGAUAGAGUAUAAUGAGUUGGAUGAUGCUGUUUUGGAAAGCUUUAAAUCUGAAAUCCAGGAGGAAUCAAAUAGGCAAAGUACACAUAACACAUAUGAUUAUUUGGACUUGAAUAAUAAAUGUUCCAUAAAUAAUGAAAUAAAGCAACAUGGAAAUAAACUUGAAGAUCAACAAACUCAAAAAGGUAUGGAAUCUAACAUUAAAAUUAAGGAAGAGUCUGUUGAAUGUGACCAAAUACCCAUAGACAAUCAACUAUUCACAUCAACUGGUCCUGAAGACUUUAAUAAUAAACCAGCAGCUAGGACAGUAAGAGCUGAAAUUAAGGAAGAGUUUGGUAAAAGUGACCCAGGAUAUACAGAGAGUCAUGUAUCCACCUCUCUUGAUCUGAUAGACUUAAAGAAUGAACCAGAUGAAUAUAACUCAGUGCACCCAACAUAA